AUGUCCAACAAAUUAGAUCAUAAACAAGCAGCCAGUUUAAAACAAAUCUUGGAAAAGUCGAAGUUAUUAAACAACAAAAUACUUGAGAAAGAAUUACCUUCACUCGAAAGAGGAUUGGAGCAGAUUGACACACAAACAAAGCAGCUUUCUACUCAAUCAGUUCAUGACGAAGCAAAAGAUAUUCACGCACACUUCUUUUUAGCACAAGGUGGAGUAGACACGCAAGUACUAAUUAAGGAACUUGGUACAGUUCAUUUGGGACCAUCGACAGAACACCGACAAGCAAUUUUAGAUACAGAUAUUGAAGGAUAUCUUGAACAACAACAUACAGAAACAGUCAUGAAACUGAUACAAGAUGGUAGACAACAGAUCAUGGAUGGCAUUCAUCAAAAGCAUGCUAAUGAUAUACAAUCAACAUGGAAGACGAUACAUAAUGAAUUAUCUAAAAAGAUACCAGAGCCAACGAAAAAGAUUAAUCUAUCAAAAGCAAAAUUUAAUCGUUCCCAAAUUGUCAGUGCUGGUAUUUGGACAACAGAAUAA